CUAGCAAUCUGGCAAUAGUCUUUGGGCCAACUCUGAUGGGUGCAAAUACGGGUCCGAACAUUCAAGAUGCUGGUUGGCAGGUCAGGGUCAUCGAUACCAUACUGCAGAAUACGUACCAAAUAUUUGAUGAUGAUUGAGGAGCCGAGGUAUGCUAAGGUCAAAGAAAUUGUAAAGUAUUCCGCUGUUGUAGGUAGAAUAGUUGUGGUGAAAAUAAUGAGAUUCUUGUCAAAGUCAGGGAGACUCUCUCCUGCCGAAAGUAAAAGUAGCUUCCGCGACGGCGCAUUCUGACUUCGGAUGAGUUCAUGCGGUCAAGGUACGCCAGUGCUGCUUGGGAUUUGGCUAGUUGGUCCUGCGGGCGCCGUUAUCCGCACCUACAACCAGCCAGGGAGGCAAUUCGGAUCAUCGGGGGUUCCCAAGGAAGAUAAAGAAACAUGCUUCAAGACCUACUUAAAGACGGAGAGGCUAAUAGAUAGUGCUAGGAGAUCAGGUAUGAUGAAGUGGGCGCAGAGUGUGACGAUUUGCACUGUAAUCGUCCUUGUAGGCUGGUUGUUGUGGAGCUCAAAAACGAAGCCCACCCCGGAACUGCAGGGCCAAACAGCAGCACGCUACCUCCACCUCCUCAUCCCCUCCAACUCCCGCAAUGUCAACCUGUGCAAAACCCUCCUCAGCGCCGCCGCCCUCGACUACCCGAUCCCCACGGCGGUCAAUUGGAAUCAAUCCUUCGACGAUGCCUCUCUUGUCGCGGGCGGUUCGCACCUCGCCAAGAUCUCCGGCAUUCUGGACUACCUGAAUACACUGGGCGAUGAACGCAACGACGACCUUGUCCUCGCCGUCGACGCAUACGACGUGUGGUUCCAGCUCCGACCGGUGGUCAUGAUCCACCGCUACUACGAGCUGAUCCGUAUGGCGAAGCAACGUAUCAUAGCCCGAUUAAGCCGGGCUGCGGUCGAGGCCGAGAAGAUCGAGCAGAGUGUGAUCUUCUCGACGCAGAAGCGUUGCUGGCCGCGAGAGGCUGACGAUCCGGGCUGCUUCGCCAUCCCCGAGAGCACGCUCCCCAAGGACGUGUAUGGUCCCGAGACGGACACCGAUGCCGGGACCGCAGACAAUCCGUACCUGAAGUAUCGCCCGCGGUAUCUGAAUUCAGGCGUCAGCAUGGGCGAUGUUGCGGGCAUGAAGCGGCUCUUUCGCCAUGCGCUGCAGCGGAUGCAGCAAGAUCGAAACUUUGGCAGUGAUCAGAACAUCUUUGCGCAGAUCUUAGGCUAGCAGGAAGUCCAGCGAGAGGUGGUACGUGAGCGGUACCUGUCGCGGGGGAAGAGGGCGUGGCGGGCGCUGCAGAAUGUUUUUG